UAAAUUAAAAUAAUAAUUUAUUUUAUUACCUAAAAUCAAAAUGUCUUGAUAAACUCUUCAUUAGUGUACUUGGACGUAAAGUUAUUACAGGCUUUGGAUCAAGUUUUUAUUGUGGAACAAAGCAUAUGGUAAAUGCAUUGGCAGAAGGAUUAAGACAAGAGUUAAGAGAGGAGAAAAGUAAAAUAAGAGUUUGUUGCAUUAGUCCUGCUACAGUGAAAACAGAAUUUAUACCAAGAAUGGUUGAAAAUACAAAGAUUGCUGAAGAGUUUUAUGAAAGCACAGACCCCCUUCAACCUGAAAAUGUUACAGAAGCUAUUCUGAAUGUACUGAAAAUGCCAAAACAUGUUGAUGUUAACGAUAUUAUUAUACAGACCACUAUACCAUCAAUAUAAUUUAAAUAAUUGAUCUCAGAUUACUUCAGUUGGUUCUAAUUGAUAUUAUGGAUGUUAAAUGAUUCAAAGCUAACCAAAUAUUUCUAGUCUGUAACAUUUAAAAUUAAAUGACUCCAAUAGAUUUGUAAAUGAA